AGCAAUAAGUUUGCUUUGUAGGUUUUUUUAAUUUUUUGUGGGCGAUGGGUGUUCAGGGUUUGUGGGAUAUUCUACAAGAAGUUAAAACCACAAAAAAGUUGUGUGAUUUAAAAGACCGGACGUACGCUGUUGACCUAGCUACAUGGAUUUGCGAAGCGGAGUCGGUUGCCGCGUUAAAACAUGCCAUUGCCAAGCCCUACUUAAGAAAUCUAUUUUUUCGUGUGAUCACAUUUACGAGAAAUGGGACUCGCCUGAUUUUCGUAACGGACGGAAAAGCGCCAGAAUUGAAAUGGAAAACAAUGGCACACAGAAUGGAUGUUAGGCAAGAAGUACAAAAAGGAACGAAUGUUUCACAUGGGUCAAGAAGUCGUUUGAAUGCUCGAUUUAAUGAGUGUUGCCAGUUGCUUGACCAGCUGGGAAUUCCUUGGAUAAAAUCAGAGGGUGAAGCAGAAGCAACAUGUGCAGCACUGAAUAGUGUUGGAGUGGUUGAUGGCUGUAUGACAAAUGACAGCGACACAUUUUUGUAUGGAGCAAAAUCCGUUUAUCGAAAUUUGUCAAUGACAACAGAUAGAAAUGAUAUUGAUGUUGAGUGUUACGAACUGUGUGAUAUCGAAUCUAAAUUACAACUCAACAGGAAGUCUCUUAUUGCCCUCGGACUUCUGCUCGGUUGUGAUUAUUCACCACAAGGAGUUCCUGGAGUUGGCAAGAAACAAGCAAUUAUGUUGUUAUCCUCCUGGAAAAACAUAGAUCCUUUAGAAAAAUUGAAAGCUUGGAAAUCUGAAAGUGUUUUAAGUCCUACUGUAACAAAGAAACCAACACAUUGUUCUGCAUGCAGCCAUAUAGGUUCGAAACGUGAUCAUAAAAAAAACGGUUGUGACAUUUGUGGUUCUGAAUGUGGAAGUGAAACAGCUUUACCAGUUGACUGUUCAUGUGAAUGGCAUGUACUUGAAAAUGAACAACGGAAGCACAACUUGGAAAAUGGAAUAAAGAAAAAGGCUUUACUGGUGGAAAACUUUCCCGACCCGAAAAUCAUCCGAGAGUUCACUCGCAACAAACUUGGAAGUCAACCUUUAAACCACUUGUCACCACGACAACCAACACUCUUUGGUGCGGUCCAGUAUCUAUGCGAAAAAUUAGAAUGGCAAGUGAAAUAUGCAGUGGACAAAGUUCUACCUUUAUUGACUUAUUGGUUGAUGCAAAAUGAAGGAACAAUCAAUGAGAUUUCUUUUCAACGCAUCGUGCGUACUCGCAUUAAAGACCGUGUCCCGUCGUUCGAGGUGAAGUGGUUCCUGUCGGGAAUUGAUGACGUCACAGAGGCCGUCACGCUCGAGCCACAAGAGUUGGUGACGAAGAAGUUUCCAGAAGCUUCCAAAAAUUUUUUCGCUGAACAGCAAGCAAAGAAAAAGAAAACUAAAUCGAAAGGUGCCAAACAACAGAAGAUACCAGCUGCCAAAAUGACAGACUUUUACAAAAUAACAAAAACAACGGAAUUAACGUCAAAACCUUUAAUUACAAAAGGCAAUGACCUGAAAAAUACGUCAACAACGCCUACAGCUGCCAACACGGCGGCAAAAAACUCAGAAAUAUCUCCCAUUCAAUCCGAAUACGUUAAAAAUGAUCUUAAACGAAGUUCCCGCCCAACUUCGUCGUGUACCGUGGUUAGCAAAAGCAAUGACGACGAUGACGUCAUUUUUGUGAGCGAAUCCAGCCCCGCAAAACAAGACCUUGAUGUGUUGCACUUAAUCGAAUCUGUGGCGUCUUUCAAAAUUACAAGCGAUGAAAGUGAACCAGUGGCGUCUCCAGUCUCAGUUAGCCAACAGACACUCCCAUUCAGAGACCUUACCAAUGCAAGAGAAACAGAGACGGCGACCAAAACCUGCGAACUUACUUUUCCAGACGAAUCCUUUGACAUUAAUUUCUCUCUAGGUGGUUUACACACACCCUGUAAAGCGACAAAUCCGCACAGUGUAGACGACAGUUUUGAUCUUUUCUCAAGGUCGCCAUUACAGCCUACUAGCACUGUGUCUAACGUGACCAAACCCUCCCCUGCCAAAAGUCAAGUUUCGGCGUCACCCGUUACCCCGUGUAUAUUGCCACCGAAGUCGCCCCCCAGUCCAGUGUUUAUGACUCUGGCUGAACGGCUUCGACUGAGAGCAUCAGGUUCAUCGAACUAAUCUAAACAUUUACGCAAAAACUUUUGCACUUUAUAUUAAAUAACCUGCUGAUGCUGCUCGUCUGCAAAAGUUGAUUUGUAUGACAAUUUCAACUUUGUUUAUACGUAAAAUUAAAAGUACUUAACAAUAUAAAAA